GUGAUCUCGCGCAGGAGCGCAAUGGCGGCGGAGGCGAGCCGAGGGCCUUUUGGACCUGCCCACCAAAGUUGCAGCUGAGUUGAGACGCUGAGGUAUCGCGAUGAGGACGCUCGGCCGAAGAAGUAGGAGUCUGAACCGGAGUUGAAGGAGAGGCUCUCCUCAUCCAAUGAAGAUGGCGGCCCAAUCCCAGACCGCCAGCGAGCUGCCCUUGGAGGACCUGCUAGCACUUUAUGGCUACACGGUGUCCGAUCCAGCCAAGCAGAACUGUCAUGUCGCCGCCACUCUGCCAGGCAUGACUCUGGACAAGAAGCAGAUAACCGAGGACCUUUUCCAAGGAGAAGAGGGAGUCGAGUCCUCCGCUGAUGACCUCACCCCGUCGGUCACCUCCACUACCUCUGAUCGGCUUCACCACCUGCCUGCCGGCGACAAAGACACACCAGUCAGCUCAUGUGACGAGGAUUCGGACAAUGAAUCUCUUCCCUCCAAUGAAGAACACAAGGAGAUCAUGGUCGGUUCCAUGUACCAGGCAACAAUCCCUGCACUCAGUCCCUAUACUUACCAGGAAAUAGCGUACAACAGUGGGGACCAGUUGUUGUGGAGACCUGGGGCUCUGACGGCGCAUGAAGUGGAGGCGUUCUUGCUGAGCGCGCAGAGGCCGGGGGAAAUGUGCAAACAGACGCGAAGCGGCGCCGCCCGAGACAACGAACAGGCGCUGUAUGAACUGGUGAAAUGCAACUUCAACGCAGACGAGGCACUGCGACGAUUGAGCUUCAAUGUGAAAGUGUUCAGUGAAGAGCUGUGCAGCUGGAGUGACGAGGAGUGCGGCAGUUUUGAGCAAGGCUACAAAGUUUACGGGAAAAACUUCCACCUCAUUCAAGCUAACAAGGUACGCACCCGCUCCGUGGGGGAGUGUGUGGAGUAUUACUACAUGUGGAAGAAGUCCGAGCGCCACGAGUUGUUCACUCAGCAAGCCACCAGGAUCACCCGCAAGAAGUACUCCCUGCAGUUGGAGAGCGUGGACGAAGGAGAGCAGGACGGGGAUGCUGGCGACGUGGAGGCCAGCAAUCAUUCUGCCGCCUUGUUGUCCCGCAGCUCCGCGGUCUCCGGGAAGCUGGCGCCGCCUUUACCGCCGCACUCCAGCCUGGAACUGGACAAACGAGAGAAGGAGGGUCGACCUCGGCGCAGAAGGACUCCCCGCUUUCACUUAAAGCCGUGUUAAGGUUGCACCUGCAGAUGAAGACCUGCUGACGGGGCGCUGUGGCGACGGACGCCCUCAGGAGCCGUCUGGCCGCCCCUCCCCCGUCCCCGCGCAUCAGAAGGACGUCCUCCCAGGCGACUGCUGCCCAACAGGUCCGGUCCGGCUCCGGCGCACCUGCCGGGACCUUCUGACCUGCCGGGACCAUCGGCACCCUGCGGCCUUCUUCCAGUUCCACGUGAGUGACGGUCCUUUCACCCCCGAGGAGGCGGCAGCAGCGGGUGUGCCCGCCGACUCCUCCGUCAGCGGCGGGUGGGACUUUACCUGCUGCGGGCCUCCUCGCCCUCGCCUGCCGCCUUUCUCGACAUGCUCCGCCCCCUCCCCGUCCACUCCAAGCACUUGGAAACAUCCCAAUGAAUCCGCUCUGAAAGCAAGCAGAACAAGAAGGACUUUGCAGCAAUAAGUGAGAAGCACACUUUAUUUGUCCUCCAUCCAACGGCACGAUCAGAUUAGCAUCAGGUCAAAGUCCACGGGCCGCUGACUCGUGGCGUUUGGCU